GCGGGGCGAGCGGGGUCGGGCCGGGCCGGGCGGGAGCAGCCCCCCGUGCCCCGCCGGAGCCCCCGGCCCCUCGACGGGCGCGUUGUCAGGGCGCGGAGCGAGGCCGGGGGAGCGGGGCUGCCCCGCGCCCCUCGGCACCGGCUGCGCCGGCACGCUGAGAGCCAUUGCCAGGCGGGUUCCGACGAGGGUUGCACCUGUUCGGGGGAAAUGAAAGUUUUGCUCUUUUCCGUUUUGUUUUCCGACCCUCGGGAUGAGCUUGGGUCACGCCGAGAGCCUUUCGCAGACAACCAGGAAAACAAGAUACACUUUAUACUGCUGUUCAGUCGGCAGGGGAAGUUAAGGCUUCAGAAAUGGUACACGACGCUACCUGAUAAAGAGAAGAAAAAGAUCAUUCGAGAAAUUGUUCAGAUUAUUUUGUCUCGCAAUCAAAAAACAAGUAGUUUUGUUGACUGGAAAGACCUCAAGCUUGUUUACAAAAGGUAUGCUAGUUUGUAUUUCUGCUGUGCAAUAGAAGACCAGGAUAAUGAACUUCUGACACUAGAGGUCGUUCAUCGAUAUGUGGAACUCCUGGACAGAUACUUUGGAAAUGUGUGCGAGCUGGAUAUUAUCUUUAAUUUUGAGAAAGCUUAUUUUAUUCUUGAUGAGUUUAUAAUUGGUGGAGAAGUACAAGAGACUUCAAAGAAGAUUGCAGUGAAAGCCAUAGAAGACUCUGACAUGUUGCAGGAGACAGUGGAAGAAUACAUGAACAAGCCUGCAUUUUAAUGUUAAACUACCUGGAGAGAAAACUGCUGUAUGCACCUCUAAAGUGCACUUCCUGAAAUUGCUUCCCAAUGUGCCAGAUCCUCAGAGAAAUACCAAAAACCAGUAACUGAAGGGGUUUGUUUGUAUAAUGGUGAAGAUGAAGGUCAGCUAAUGUAGCAAAGGGUUUAACAAUUCUGUGCUUUGCGUUACUCUGUAUAUGAGUUUCUCAGAGUUGUUAUUACCUCAGUCUAGUUUCUCUUCUCCUUGCUGGACCCAGCUCUCAUUUUGCACCCCGUCUUUUAGCUACGGGUUUUGUCAUCACAAAAUGUUCCUCUGACAAUACUUUGAAGAGGUAUUUUUACUAGUUUUGUUCACUGCUGACUGUAUGACUCUACUUUUGUACAAAUGUCCAUUAUUUUGAAUGUAAUGGUUAUUCUGCUGUAAUAAUAAUUUUUUUCUAAAAGCCAAA